AUGGACAUACAGUCCCUGUUGAAAUCCUUGAAUGUAGAUCAACUGGAACAGUGGCACAUUUUAUGUAUUGCAGCCACCACAUUUGCCACACUAUGCGUGUUCACCUACAUAUGUUAUCGUCUACUGUUUCCCAAACGUCCGCAUAAAUCCAAGAAAGCUAAAAAUGCCAAGAAACGGAAUGACGAAAAGAAGACCGCCACGGAAUCCCCGAUCGUGGCGAGCUGCGUAAAGCCAGUGGCCGCGCCGAUCGCGCCUGCCACUCGAAACUCCAAAACUGUGCAACAAAAGCGGCAAAUGCCUACGCCUCCACCUGUAUCGGAACCAUCUAUCAAAUCCGAGGUCUCAAAUGUCAAACAAGUCUCGAGGAAGGUUGUACCGAAAAUCCCUGAACCCGAGCAUAAGGAAGAUUCUUCCUCAGAUGUGGACGACGGUCAGUGGAUUGAAGUUGGCAAGAACAAAAAGGAGAUCAAGAAUCACCCGAAUGAUCGUUCAAACAAAUUAUCGGAAGCACAUCCUGAUGAUGGCAAGACCGACUCGGUUGCCCCAACAAAUAAGAGACGCGAAAAUGACAAAAAGACAAAAUCAGUCUCCGUAGCAGGGAAAGCCAAGGGAGAUGGAACCGGUCGCCCUGCGUAUAAACCUAUUGAGGAGCCGAAUUUCAGCCAGCCGUCAAAACCAAAUCGGCGGGGAGGCGGCAGAGAUGAUUUGGAUGAUGAUGAGGAAGAAUGGCAAGAAGUGCGUUUCUCCCGCCGUAGCCAUAACGGGCAUUUGAACUGGGCGGAUGCUGAGACCCGACAGAUGCCAGAUUUCUCGGUAAAUUUUCUGGGAUUCUGUUGGACAUUUGUCUCUCAGUUCUUCGAACGUGCUCCUCGAACAACGUUCCCUCGUGCAAAUUGGUUUGCAAUCAGAGUCGUUCAACUGGUUGGUUGA